CGCUAAAAUUAAAAAAAUGGAAAAAUUUGAAAAUCCCGCCAACCCGAUACCAAACUAUUUCCCUCGGAUUUUCAGCUUCUUCACCCGAUUCUCUCUAUUCGAGGUAAUUUUCGCAGUCAAUCGCCGCCGCUUCCUCGGUGGAGCAAGAAGAAGAUCGUCUUCGAGUAAGAGAGAGAGAGAGAGAUCAUGGCAGAUGCCGCACAUUUAGAGAGGAUGGGACGAGAGCUCAAGUGCCCCAUCUGCUUAAGUCUGUUGAAUUCAGCCGCUUCACUCACGUGCAAUCAUGUUUUCUGCAAUUCAUGUAUCCACGCAUCAAUGAAGUCUGCAGCCAAUUGUCCAGUUUGUAAAGUUCCUUUCCGGCCCAGAGAAAUCCGCCCUGCUCCUCAAAUGGAUAACCUGGUCAACAUUUACAAGAGUCUGGAAGCUGCAUCAGGAGUGAACAUAUUUGUUACUCAAACCGAAACAUCAACUAAAACAAUAGGUGAUGAAAACAAAUCUGACAGCCCAAAAACCAUUGGAAUUGCAGAAAAUGAGAAUGCAUCACAAAAGACCAUGAAUGAAAGUCACACAUCAAGUUUUCUUAGAGCUUCCUUUCCAACCAAGAAAAGGGUUCAAGUCCAACAACAUUACCAUUUAGAAAGUCCCCCACCAACAAAAUUGGUUGUUCAAACUGGUGAAGUCACAGUCACUGAACCUCAUAAUAGUCCUCUCGUAAACAAAGGCAAGAGGGUCUUAAACGAGAGGGGAGAGCUGAACAUUUGUCCGUUUUUCUGGUUGAGAGAAGAUAUAGAGAAGUCAAGUCAGCAGUCGGCUGAAUCAGACAGGGAUAAUCCCACAGAUACACCUAGUGACAUUCCUUGUUUUAGUGAUAUGAAGGACUCUGAUGAUGAAAAUCCUCUUGAGAUGUCUCCUAAAAGCGUAGCCCCCGGUGACAUAGCAAAGAAUACUCACUUUUCCGAUAGUGAGAUGUUUGAAUGGACACAAAGACCUUGCUCACCCGAACUUCUUUCGAGCCCACUAAAACUGCAGGUUGAAGAUAGUUUUGAAUGUGAAAGAGUUGUACAGGAUACAGGGGCAACAAUAGUGGAUUUAAAUACACUUCUUGGACUCAAAAGUGGGACCAUAAAAAACAUACCUGAUGAAAAUGGAAUAAACAUUGAAGAUGCUAAUCAACCCAGGAUAUCUUCUCUAAGGAAUGAGAUGAGUGGCGUGAAAAGCAGGGUCAGGAACUCUAGCAAAACAUUACUAAACUUUGUGAGCAAGAGGAAAAAUGGCCGUAAGAGAGCAAUUCACGAACCCACGGGAGCCCCUAGUAGUCCAUACAAGAUAGCUAAAUUGAGUGAAAGAUGUCACAUCCAGAGACAUGGCAAGAAGGGAAAGGUAACUGUCACCCAGCAACGUACAGCAUGCCAUAUGUUAAAACGGGGAAAGAGAAUUCCUAAGGACAAAACUCUUCCAAUUGGAGAUGUGGCUUUGAAUUCCUCUUCACUGAAUACAUUGGCACCUAUAAUUGAUAACAAGGAACUUAAAAACUGUGGUUCAAAGAUAAGGAGUAAAUUCAAGUGUGCUGAGAAAUCAAAGCAUAAGAAACAGGUGACAUUUUCUGAGGAAACACCGGAGGAUGAUAUUGCAGAAAAGUUUGAAGACAACUCAAUUGAGGACACUCAGAUUCCUGAAAGCACAUCAAAUAAUCUGUGUAUGAACACAAAUAAUUUGCCAAAAGCAAAGACGUCACUUUGCAAUUUGAGUGGUUCGGUUUUGCAAAAGUGUCAGACGACUCCUGUAAAAAUCCAAUGUGCAUUUUGCCAUAGUGCAGUAGAGUCCGAGGAGUCAGGACUUAUGGUGCACUAUCUGAAUGGAAAGCCUAUCACAGACCAUAUUGGAGCAACAAAAAUCAUAAGUGUGCACAAAAAUUGUGCAGAGUGGGCACCAAAUGUAUAUUUUAAUGAUGAUGAUGAAAUCAUUAAUCUUGAAACGGAAUUGAGGAGAAGUAGGAAUAUUUCCUGCAGCUUCUGUGGAGUUAAAGGUGCAGCUCUGGGCUGCUAUGAGAAGACUUGUCGUAAAAGUUUUCACGUUCCCUGUGCAAAGAGGACACUGCAGUGUCGAUGGGACUAUGAUAACUUUGUAAUGUUAUGCCCUCUACAUGCAUGUCAUAAAUUGCCAACUGAGUUACCUGCAUUCAGAUCAAGGGAGAAAAGGAAAUGUGAACUGAGGAAUUCAUGUAUCAAUCAACCUCAAGUUUCAGUUGGAAUCGAUAGUCAUGGCGGACUUUGGAAAUCUCAGAGCAAAGAUAAAAGCUUGGUGCUUUGCUGCUCAGCUAUCUCUGAUGCAGAGAAGGCUAUUGUUUCUGACUUUGAGCGGUUGUCAGGUGCAACAGUACUGAAGACUUGGGACCCAAGUGUAACCCAUCUCAUUGCAUCUACAGAUGAGAAUGGGGCAUGUAAAAGAACAUUCAAGUUUUUGAUGGGUGUCUUGGGGGGUAAAUGGAUCCUCACAAUUGAAUGGAUUAAAGCAUGCUUGAAUGCUGCAGAGCCUCUUGAUGAACACCAAUAUGAAAUUGCAGUCGAUACUCACGGAGUCAGAGAUGGUCCUAGAAUUGGCAGAUUAAGAAUGUCAAAUAAGCAACCCAAGCUUUUCAAUGGAUACAAGUUUUAUUUCAUGGGAGACUUUUUGCCGUCAUACAAAAACUAUUUGCACGACCUGGUGGUUGCCGCCGGUGGAAUUGUCCUGAACAGGAAGCCUGUGGAUGAGCCAGCUCUUUCAUCUGGAUCCUCACCAACUCUCAUUGUUUACAGCCUUGAGUUACCCAAUGGCAAAUGUGAGCCAAGGGAGAAAAGUUCAAUCUUUGAGAAUCGGCGGUUUGCUGCAGAAGCUUUGGCUCGUUCCACGGGUUCCUUAGCUGCAACCAAUUCAUGGAUUCUAAACUCCAUUGCUGGCUCCAAGUUGCAGCACCUUAUAUAACUCUUCAAAACCUUCUCCGUCUCCUCUCCUCCACAAUGGUGAGUAUAUAAAGCAUUAAUCAUUGGUUUGCAUUGGUGCUUUGGGUCUCCCUUGUUGCUGAUGUUAGAGAAUAGAGAUUGGACAUUGUUUUAUCACUUCUUGGGCAAGUUUUAUGGUUAGAUGCCUCUUGGUGGAAUGGCAUGUUUUGGAAAUUGUUAUGGAAUAGUAUCAAGACAAUAGUAUCAAGUAAGUGGAGGAAUAAAAGUAGAUUCAAUAG